GGCGCUGUCAAAUGAAAAAGGCAGAAUGCAGAGACAACUACUGCAUGUGCAAGAACGAUGGAGACUUUUACGAAUUCAGUUACUGUGAGAUCCCUUACAUCGGAUACGAAGUGACGUUGCAAAUUGCAAUCAUUGUGUGUAUUGUUAUUGCAAUGUGCCUCCUCCUGGCUUCGGUCUACAGCAUCAUCAAUGUGCGACGACUUCGAGACCUAAGAGAGCUGGCGAGGCAAAGGCGAGGACGAAGAACUGACAGCGAAUCUCAGACCAUUUCCGAAGAUUCUCCUCCAGUUUAUGAUGAGGUGGUGGGCAAUCUGCCAUCUUACCAGGAUGCUCUUGCUAUGACCGAGGUUCCUUCGUCCACGGUCAUCGCGGAGACCCUGCACGAGGACAGAGCUGAGGCGACGGCGACUCGAGACAGUGCGAGUGAUCACAACGCUUCGACACCUGGGUCGUCGAGAGAAGCUGUUAACGAAGCCGACGUCGCAGAGGUUCACGGGACAGAACACCAAGCACACAUUCAACAUACAACGUUAGUCGUUCGGGGAAAUGGUCAUUCAGAGGUUCCCCAGGAACAGUUUGCAGAGGGGAGUCGUCCACAAGACAGUGAGGAAGAAAAUGAUCCCGAGGAAGUAAAUGCUUCGGUGUCUCAUAUUCGCGAAUCUCAGGGAAUUCAAACGCGAUUUUAAAAGGGAUGUCUUAAUGUAACUAUUCCUAUACUCAUAAACAUCUUUGUUUCAUAAUUUCCAUAUAAUCAUUCAUGUUCUAAAAUGUAGGAUUAGAAAGUACGGUAUAUUUCAUGUUU